AUGCUAGCACUUCGCAAGCUCUCCUCAAGCUCAAAAUCAUCUAGCUUUCUCUGUUCCUUCGCUAUCCAAAGCUCAAUCUGCAGCUCCGCCACGAUACCCGACUUUCCCAGUUGCACUUACUACGACGCGCUCAUCAACGAGGCUGGCCGGCAAGGAGAUUUCGCCACUCUCCACCACCUCCUCAACAAGCGCGUGAGCGAUGGCUUCUUCAACACCAACAAUACCUUCAAGUUCGUUUCUACAACUAACCUCUCCAUACUCGACGAUCUAUUGGAUACGAUAGCUCGCUUAGACAAUGGUUACCCAAAAAAGUGCUCCUACGACUGUCUCAUCGCGCGUCUCUCGAAGAUGCACUGCAUUUCGGAGGCCACGCGUGUUGCCGAAACCAUGGUGAGUAAAAGGCACGGAGUGAACGAUGUCACGUUUCAUCCCAUAAUCAACGCGCUCACGAAGAAGGAGGAAUUCCACGAAGCGUGGCGCGUGAUGGACGUGAUGAGAUCUAACGGUAUCGCACCCGAUUUAACGGCGUAUAAUUUUCUGCUGACCGGUUAUUGUUUCACAGGAGAUGUGGUAUCGGCUGCCGUAGUUCUAGCGAAGAUGGAGGAGGAAGAGCUGGGGGCAGAUACGAGGACGUACGACGCACUGGUUUUAGGCACGUGUAGAGUUGGGAAAUUGGAUGCGGCUUUGGCAGUGUUGAGGAGGAUGGUAGAUGAUGGAGUUUCGCCAUUGUAUUGCACACACGCCCACAUUAUCGGCGCGUUGCUGAAGUACCAGUUUUCUGAACAAGCAGCGGAGUUUGUUAGAAGCUAUGCAGGGAGAGACGUGAAAUUGGAUUCGGAGAAUUUUGGAAUACUGGCAACCAGGUUGAUCACUAGAGGUAAAUUCGAGGAAGCUAAGGAACUGGUGAAAGAGAUGACUGAAAGGAGAUUGGCAUUGGGUCCUAGAUUGAAGGAUUUCUAUGAAUUGUAUGUUAGAUCAUGA